AUGCAAUCUGCUUUAUAUGCUAAAUUUCUGGGAAAAUCACUUCCUCUUGAUCAAGCUAAACUUGCACUAGAUGAUGCUUGGAAAGGCCUUGGUUCAUUUACCAUUUCGGAUUUACCUAAUGGAUUUUACUUCAUUCAUUGUGAAAAUCUUGAAAUGCAGGCUAAGCUUCUGUGGGAUGGUCCUUGGACCAUUGAUGGUAGAAUUCCACAACUUUCUGAAUGGCACGAAUCGUUCCAACCCACCUUCGAGAAGCUUUCGACGAUGGCGGUAUGGAUCCAACUACACCACGUCCCCAUUGAGCUCUGGUAUGGUGAUUUGCUGGAAAACAUUGCUUCUCAUUUUGGGAAAGUCUUGAAAAUUGAUGAUCAUACUCUGAAUCUUUCACGCUCCAAGUAUGCUCGUGUGUGUGUUGAAAUCGAUCUCAAGCUUCCUCUUCAGAAAGGCACCUGGGUUAAAUACGGUGACUACACUGUUUUUGUUAUUGCGCUUUAUAAAAAGUUUCCUGUUUUUUGUUACAGCUGUGGUUGUGUUGGGCACGGGGAAUCCAAGUGUUCCUAUAUUCACAGCCGAAGACCGGUGCCGUCUCAUCAGCCACCUACUGUCUCUUCGGAGUAG